AUGGGCAAGAAAAAACCCUCGAAGAAGGCUUCCCGCCCAAAAGGACCUACGCCUUCCGUUUCUGCUUCCGCCACUUUGAACAGUGUCGCUGACACUCCGCAGAAUGCUCACGCCGCAACAGCAGCACCAAUAGUUGACGCUCAAAACCAACAAGUCGAUGUGGGCAUUGUCAUUCAACAGGAUGACCCUGCCGGAACCACAUACACAGACGACACCCAGAACGAGCGCAGAGAGAGCCAUGGCCGAAGUUCGGAGUUACUCGCCCAGGAUCUGCCUCAACCUCAGUCCGACCUUGCUCGUGCCAGUGACACCUCCAUGGAUUUCGUGUCUUCGGAAGCACAAGUUCACCCAUUUUCAGAUAAUAGCGGCGGAGUUGACAGAGUUCAGGAGGAAUGGCCAUCAUUACAGCCCACGCGUGACCCCCACAGUGCCAGCAGAAUCGCCAGAACACCCAACGAGUGGAGCCAUAAUAUGGAUGAGCAGGAGAUCGCUGCGGCCGACGAUACUGACUUCAGUGAUCAGCACCCGAUUGAACAUGCUGCUCCUAGACGGUAUGAGGAUGAUGACGAUGAGGACAAUCACCGCGAUACUGAGCAUUCGCCCCUGAUUCAGGAAGGAUCGCAUGAAGGUAGUGGCCGCAGUGGGGACGAGGGUGGACAAAGGGUAGGGCAGGGAUGGCCAGGACAAAAGAGAACUACGCAGGAACAACAACAGCCGACGACAUGGGCAGAAUGGGCCGUACAAGUUGGGCUGCAUCCAAGAACAUGGAAUCGACAGACUUACAUCAAGGCAGCUUUGCUUGCGGUGUUGUUGACGCUCAUUAUCCUGUCCUUCACUGUAUUCCAUAUCCAAGACCACAUUAAGGAUGUUCUUCGAUACAUUGAUAAACAUAAGCGGAUAGGUGCUGUGCUCUUCAUCCUUUCCUAUACUGUCGCAUGCACUCUUUUCCUGCCUGGAUCACUCUUCACCGUCGGCGCUGGAUUCCUAUUUAAACCUUUCCCUUUGGCGUUGCUCAUUGUCCUUCUGGGUGAUAUCUUCGCGGCGAUCUGGUCCUUUAUUUUUGGACGCUAUGUCUUCUACGACUGGGUGAAGAGCAUGAUGGCCAGGCAUCCAAAGUUUAAUGCUCUAGACGAGGUUAUCAAGGAUGAUGGUUGGAAGAUCGUGGUCAUGUUGCGAUUGACGCCGAUUCCGUUCAACUUGAUUACCUACUUUUUCUCGAUCACGUCCAUACGACUGUUUACGGUUGUCUGGGCGACCUGCGUCGGUGUUCUCCCGGGCUCGUGUAUCGGAAUUUGGAUCGGAUCACUGCUCAAGGGUCUCUCCGGCAUCGACAACCCAGAUCUUGAAACCAAGAACGUUGUGAUUUUGGUCAUGAACGGCAUAUUCAUUGUCUGCUGCAUCCUGACGCUCUCCAUGUUUGGAAAGAGGUCACUCCGCAAGGCCAUGAAGCGGCUGGAUCAGCAUCAGGCGCUGACGAACCUUCAAGAAGUAGAAGUCGUUGUCGAGGGAGUCGCGACGGUGAUCCGUGAGCUGGAGGACACGGCGAGAAUCCCACCGAGUUUGAGAAGCAGUUUUAUUGAACGAUUGGCAGAAGAGGAAACGGAGUUUAAUCGCGACGGAGGGGAUCUCGAAUUUGCUCAACUUUUGCAGCCUUCACAUCACAUAGAAGGCCAGACCAGUCGUGCGACUUCGGCUACUCUAACAAACCAUCGCGUUGACGAUAACAACAAGGCUACAGAAGCAAACUUGCCGCCAUCGUCGGGCUUUACGCGCGGGGAGAAGAUUACGUUUGUGGUCAUAACGAUCGUCGCAGUGCUGAACGUCUGCGUUUGCGUGCCUCUUUAUUUUCACUUUGCGAACCAAGGCGAAUAG